AUGGGCUCGGGCCAGUCGUCAUCAGCUGAGCCAAUCGUCUCGCCCGGGUCCUUAGGGCAUGGAGCUGAAAAUUCAAAAGCGGACUUGUUAGAGGCGGAAAGGAUAAAACACGCUCGGCGAACGAUGGCCGCUGCGGGUUGUGGCGAAUGCCCUAUGGAUGGCGACUCCAUCAACCCUAUGAACAAUGAGCUUGAACAUCCAAACCAAAAGCCAGCUCCUGACCAGCCAUUUCCAUUACCAUUGAUACGAGAGAAGUCCUCGAUACCCAAGGCAGGUACUAACGACACUUGGACCUAUCCCAGUCCACAGAUGUUCUGGAAUGCAAUGUUGAAGAAAGGAUGGCAUUGGGAAGAGGACCAGCUCACUGAGAAGGACAUGGAGAAUAUCAUCCGAAUUCACAACGCAAACAAUGAAGAGGCAUGGAGAGAGGUCCUAAAGUGGGAAAAUCUUUUACAUCCUGAAUGUGCUGAGCCGAAGUUGAAAAGCUUUAAAGGAGAUGCCAAAAAGAUCACUCCACGUGCCCGGUUUCGCAAUCUAUUCUUGGGCUACGAUCUUCCAUUUGAUCGACAUGACUGGAUUGUUGAUAGAUGUGGUGUUAAAGAAGUGCAAUAUGUGAUUGAUUAUUACGACGGAGGCGCUGUCGAUCCGCAGUCGAAGCUCUUCACGAUUCUCGAUGUCAGACCGGCGUUCAACGAUAUUGGAAAUAUAUGGGAUCGAAUGAGAUCACAUUUUGCUGCUGAAAUGUCGUUGUUCUUCCGAGCUGUCCUCUGUAGUUCCUCAAGAGUUAGUUUUCGGAACUACACAACGCCGAAUUCGAUUGCUACUUUGAAGAGGAGUUUACUCCAAGUCGUGAAAGUACCGAUCCGAGAGUUUGGAAUCGAUGUGUCAGGUCUCAACGAAAAGCAGCGCAAACGUGUAGGCUACUGGUUGUUUAUCUGUGCUGGAAUGUGUUUUGGUGCAGUAGCGAUUGGAGGGCUCACCAGGUUAACCGAAUCCGGUCUCAGCAUGGUGAACUGGGACCUGUUUCGAACAAUGAAGCCGCCUUCGAACCAACAAGAAUGGGAAGCGGAAUUUGAACGCUACAAAAUGUAUCCGGAAUACCACUAUAAGUCAUCUAAUGAAGAAGUGACGUUGGCUCAAUUCAAGUUUAUAUGGAAUAUGGAAUAUGGCCAUCGUAUGUGGGGCCGUGCUAUUGGGAUCGUGUUUUUGCUGCCAUGCAUCUACUUUUGGGCUCGGGGAUAUUUUCCAGCCACAAUGAAGAGGCGAAUGUUGAUCGUUGCAGCUUUGAUUGUCGCUCAGGGCGGAAUAGGAUGGUGGAUGGUUAAGUCGGGGCUAGAUCCAUCGAAAAAUUCUGAAGCUAGUGUUCCACGUGUGUCUCAAUACCGUUUGGCUACUCAUCUAUCGUUAGCGUUUGUGCUAUAUUCCCUAUUUUUGUACAACGCAAUUAGUCAUUUUGUCACUCCACGAAAAGAUAUUACUAGACUUCCCAAAUUCCGUUUGCUACGCGGCCUUUCCCAUAGCUCCAAAGCCCUCGUGUUCAUUACAGCUUUUAUGGGGGCGAUAGUUGCUGGUUUGGACGCAGGUUUAGUCUACAACUCGUGGCCAAAAUUUGCCGAUUUUUGGGUUCCAGAGAACAUGUUGUCACGUACGCCAAUGUGGAAGAAUUUCUUUGAAAAUGACGUCACUACACAGUUCAUUCACAGAAAUCUGGCAUAUUUGACACUGAUGACUAUUACGGCUACUUGGCUCGUCGGUUAUCGCAUGGGACUUCAUCGGCGCGCAAAAAUUGCCCUUCAUGCCACUAUGGCCAUGGGUUAUGGGCAGGCAGUGCUUGGGAUCUACACCUUACUGUACUACGUGCCAGUGUGGUUAGCGUCACUUCAUCAGUGCGGUUCCAUGACCCUGUUGUCGCUCACAUUGUGGUUGACGAACGAACUUCGCCGUAUACCCAAGUAG